AUGUCGGAGGAUUCAGCAUUGGAGCAGUACCUGAUCCAGGCAAAGAACGCCAAGGGGAGAGCAGCCGCUAUCCUGGUGGAACAAGCGAUCUCCAACUCUUACGUCUUUCACUUUGCAGAGCUGUUAGAACAUGAAAACAUCAUUGCUCUUGCUGCAAACGCAGAGACAAAACCAUGGAGCGACUUGCUGCAGAUCUUUGCGUAUGGGACGUACGGAGACUACGUGACCAAUGCUGGGGCCCUUCCCCCAUUAGAUGAAAGUCAAAAGUUGAAACUGAAACAACUCACAAUCAUAACGUUAGCCAAUCAGAACAAGGUCAUCCCUUACGCGACUCUCCUCCAAGAGCUGGACUUCAAGGACACUAGAUCAGUGGAAGACUGCAUCAUAGAAGGGAUGUACUCCGGUCUCUUCAAGGGCAAGCUCGACCAAAAGAAGCAAGAGUUUCAGGUGCAAGAGACUGCCGGUCGUGAUUGCAAGCCAGGAAAGCUCCAAGAGAUGAUUGCUGUGCUGCAAGCUUGGGUACAGGCUGCGGAGAACACGUCGGGACAGAUUAGAGACAAGAUCAAGCAUGCGGAAAACUGCCAGGAGGCGGAGUUAGGUCGGGUCAAGGACUUUCAGAAUCGGGUGGACGAGAUGAAGAAAACGCUGCAGUCGGUACAAGGAGAUCUAGAGGGAACUCAGUUGUCGGGACAUUCCGAGAGCAUGGAAAUGGAUGAUGUUUCAAGGCCCAAGAGCAGGCCAAAGACGAAGCAUCCGUCAGGGGCGAGCAAUCCGCGUCACUGA